AUGUCAGAUACAGAUCAAAUAUCUGCGAGCAAGACGCCAGGUGCUUCUAAUGUACGGUGGCAAUUCAUUGAUUCGUCGAAUAACAGUCGAAGCAAUUUGAGACAGGUGAAGCGCCAUGUCAUGCAAGAAUAUAUGCGCCACAAGAAGAGCGGUGCCCGCCAGAGUGAGAGCGAAGGGGAGAUUCCACGCCCACGACCCAAGCGUGGACGCCCCAGGAAGAAUCGAAUCGAAAAACGAAAUUCUACAGGGAAGUCCACGCAGAACGAUGCUCAAGCUGCCUCGAAACAACUUGAAUCUAUAGUAUCAAGCGAACCCCAAUCAAUGGGAGAAAAUUCACGAUGCGAUAUUAAGCCCAAACACAAUUUGUUUAUCGAAAUGCCUGCAAACAAUAUGCUAUCCGGGGUUCAAGGUCUCGAUCCGACUUUCAUGCCUCCCUUCCAUGAGCAGGCACCACGGGCAGAUGUCAUUCAAUUUUCAUCUGGCUAUGUGGACACUUCUCUCUAUACUCGCUCCAGUAUAGCAGACAAUCAAGUUGAUGCACCUGCAUCAUGGUCGUCAACUUCUGAAUCUCUCUCAGAGUUCGAAGAAUCCCCAAGAACUAUGUUGAGUACUGCCCAUACAAUUCCAUCCAACUCCAUCCCCUCGGAAUUGAGUUUAGAUGGCCAAAGGCUUUUCGAUUUUUAUGCGAAGAAUAUCCCAGCCGCCUUCACAAAUAAUCGACUUGGCAUGUUUAUAAACUGGCAAGACUGUAAUACCUUGCCAGGAUACGAUGCACAGGGUCCAAGCCUUUAUUUCGAGAAUCAUGGUCCACCCACCCGUCCUACUUCAUCUAUUGAGCCCGCUCCAUUUCAAGCUCCUCAAACCCUUAAAUCGAUGCCUUCCCCACAAUCUUCUACCUCUUCCUCGUCAGAUACAUCAUCGCCUUACAUGAAUCCUCGCUCGCAUUCUACAAAUACCUCACCAACAUGUCUUAUGGAUGAGAUCCAUACCCAGUGUGAGGAGUUUCUAGACCUCCUUCGACGCUAUGAACAACUUGCAUUAUUUCAAAGAAGCAACCCGACGCCUUGUGACCUAUUGCGGCACACAGCCGUCCAAGAGACAUCUCCAAUAUUCCAGAUUUUGGCUUCGCCCCCCGGUGCACAAUUCACAUCAUCCGGAGAUCGCAACCAAUCGGUAGCCCGUUUAGCCGUGCUAGUUAUGCUUAACGCUGCUCUUUGGGACUAUCGAUACACUCCUCUCCAAGCUGGAAACUUUCUUCGAACUCUAGAGCAGACUAUCGUUGAUAGUGAAGCUUGCAUGAAUGGUUCCGUCGAAGCCGUUCUCCAAAUUCUCCUUGAAUGCAAUGAUGGAUAUGCAAGCAACUGGUCCACGAGUGACAAUGGCGACAUGAACUUCUCGCCCACCGGCUCUCAGUUCUCGCCAGACUUUUCUCAGUACUCCCCUACGGUUCCAUCGCCGUCAGCACGCCCCUGGUAUGCAGGUCGAAUGUUGAAGAUUGCGAAACGACUCGGUGCAGAUUUAUGGUGUCGUGUUGGAGACUUUCUCUUCUCCUGUUUGUCUCUCCAGGUAUUGGAGCCCACUGUAUACCUUUGGGAGGCUGAUUUACGUCGCGAAAUCCUUGAUGCAUCAUUGACAAGUCCUGUUAUGCCGGCAUUGAUGUAA